CUGAGAGUGUGAGACCAUGAUGAGAGCCUCUGCCAAAUCCAGACAGUUGCUGCAAUCAAGCGCAGGUGAAGGAUGUGGUCCAUUGUCAAACACCCAGUUCUCUCCCGGCAGAUCUGGCCAGCCUACUUGCAUGGAUGAUUGGACGAAGCUGGACUACUACCGAUUCUGCUUGUUUCAAAAGCAGGUCCAGGAAGAGUUCCAGCGAGAGAAUCGCCAACUGAGAAGCCGUCUGCAGUUAAAAGCAUUUCCUUCGCGGCCUAACAUGAAGGAGACCCAGGAGCCACCUGAGCCAACUGGGCCUGUCUAUCCGUUCGAGGGGAAUGACAUCAUUGCUGCUUCUCUAUCCUUGCAGUCUCUGGAAGACAAGGCAGCAGAUGCGCUGUCCAAAUCUGCCGAGACGGAAAAGUGCAAGGCAGCCUACGAAGCCGCCCUGCGAGCAGAGGAGAUUGCAUUUGCCGAAGCUGAAGCUGCCUGGGCUGCUGAGGAAGAGUUCGAAAGAGCGGCUGAAGCGGCGGCAGUCAAGAAGCGCAGGCGAGGUGGUUGCUGAGCUCGUCAGAAAGACACAAUAUCAUCAAAUAUCUUAGCAUCUCUUAGCAUCCGCGCCCAUUUUGGCAGCCAAAUUGAAUGGUGCCACGGGCGGCCACGGGCGGCUGUGGAUGCCCAGGGCUUUGUUGCCUACGACUCGAUUGAAGGGCCUUCUUUCCUAGCAGAAGAUGAU